AUGGAAGGACCGAAAGGGCGGAAGAGAGAAGACAACCCCCAAAAAAAUGAGGAAGGGAAGUUACCAAGAGCUGAAGACGGAAGAGAGAGAAGAAGAAAAAGAAGGGCGGUGGAUGCUGCAACGUGUCACGAUCUUGGUAAUCUCACAAUCUUAUUUCUCGCGCUGAACUCUCUCUUCUUCGCUGGGCUUUCCCUGCGUCGUCCCCACAAAAAAAGAAAAAAAAAACUUUCCCUGCGUCGUCAAUCUAGCUUCCUCAUCGGUGGUUCUGGCCUCCUCGCCAAUCUCCGGUGGGUCUCUUUUCUCGCCUCCUCUCCUGUCGCCACCUGUUGGCUUGAUUGGCCGGUGGUUCCAAGGAAAAACAAAGCUGCUCGCGCCGGUAAUUCCAUCGUUUUAGGGUUGUUCUUGAAGAUGGAUAUGCCGAAGACAUCAGAUGCUCCUUACCAGCUUCAUUAUCCGGCUUAUGAUAGCAAGACUGAUGCAGCUGGUGAGAAGCGGACAGUGGAGGUGGAUGUUGUGAUUAGAGCUGAUGGGGCCAAUUCCCGGGUUGCUAAUUCUAUUUCUGCUAGGGAUUAUGAGUAUGCUAUUGCCUUUCAGGAACGUAUCCGGAUACCUGAUGCAAAGAUGACCUAUUAUGAGAACCUAGCUGAACCCGAAUGAAUUUUACCUCUCGUCUAGGAAUGGAUAUUUUUAUUUCAAUAUGAUGCUCUAGUUUGUUCUGAAUAUCUACUGGGGUAUCCUUGGCGAAUUAUGUAUUUGGUAGUUUUU